UAUUGCCUUUUUCAUCUAGGUAACAACAAAUAUAAGAUGGCUUUGCAAAGAUUAAAAACAAGUUGCAAAUUGAUCAGUAUGGGCAUUGGUGUCAUGUCUUCGUAUCUAACGUACCAGUACCAACGUACACUUGGUGCGGAUAUGGAAACUGUUGUUAAUAAAAACAUUUCAGACGUGCAGCAAUGGUUUCAGUGGAAAUCAAAAAGAGCAUACGAAUUUACCGAAGAGUACUUGAUACAAUACUGUCGCCAGUUCUCCGUGUCACCUGUGUUCCACCAAAUGGACAUAACGUCUUUUUUGAUUUACCUUGCCAACAGUAAAUCCAUGUUUUUACACCAACUUGGUGUAAAACUUUUAUCCACUGUUCAAUUUCCCGACAAUGCAGUCUUGGAGGAUUACAUAAAGAAAUGUGAUUACACAACUUUGAUUGGUUUAGCACGAAGUAAAGAUAUCCAAUCCAAUUGGUUUCCAGAUGGUACCUUCGAUGACGCGAUAUCAUAUGUCACCACGGAUGAAACAGACUUGGAACUAAAGAAAAGCGUGGAAGAUAUUUUGAAUAACAUCAGAGCAUUUGUGCCAAACGAACAUGAGGAUUGUUCUUCUUGGCUUUAUGAACAGUUGGUCUUCCAAAAGCUUCCCGAUGACCCCUUCCCCAAUGCCAUGGUGGACCUUUGUACUGAAAGAGAUACACUUGAUUUAUCUAAACUGGAACAUCCUUGUCCCUUUCGAAAGAACAUUCGAACUUAUUUAAAGAUCCUUCGAGGAUAUUCUAACAACGAGCUGGUAGCUUCUAAUCCGUUACUCUCACUUCGAAUAUUACGCAUUGUCAGGGAGAUCACUUUGCGAUUUGAAGAACACAACGAUGUUUUACUAGCUUGUGGUAAUAUUAUCGCCAAUUUAGCUUGUAACGAAAAUAAUCGUACCGCAAUAGUAGACGUUGACUUGUUACCUGUGUUGAUGAAGUGGAAAAAAAGCAAUGUGUUGUUUUUGAAAAUAGUUGCAAACCGGAUCCUUUACAACCUUGAUGCAUUAUUUAACAGUUACCAGCUUUCUCCUGACGGUAUAUACAUUCUUAAUCCCGACUGUCGAACCGAUCAAACUCCCGACGUAGAUGUUAUAUUUGUUCACGGAAUACACGGUAGUACGUUUUAUACGUGGCGACAGAGUGACUCGUGCAAAGAGGAGAAAUACACAUAUUGUUGGCCAAAAGAAUGGUUAUGCGUUGAUUGUCCAAAAGCGCGUGUUAUCUGCGUGCAAUAUGAGUCGUAUAUAUCUGAUUGGCUGCUGUCCUGUCCAAUCGGAAAAGAUAAAUAUUCCUUGGAUGUGCAAGCAGAAAAUAUAAAAAGAAAUCUAAAAAAGUGCGGCGUGGGUGAUAAACCUAUUGUUUGGGUGGCACACUCAAUGGGUGGGCUUAUUGUGGAGAAGCUGUUGCUAUUAGGGAGUGGGCUCACGAAAAAUCAAUGUGACAACAUUCUAUCUUUAACGGAAGGGAUUAUUUUUUACUCUGUCCCCCAUCUUGGAUCACCAAUCGCAACCAAAUCUGAAAAAGCAAGGUAUAUUUUAUUUCCAUCCGUCGAAGUACACGAGCUAAGUGGACACAGCGCAAAAUUGAAGGAAUUGCAUUCCGAUUUUGACUGUCUUCGGGAAAAGUUCAAUAUUAAAUGUGUAGACUUUGGCGAAACACUUCCGUUGAUCUUGCCUGUGGUGAAAAUGAAAACAAUGGUUGUACCACAAAGUUCUUCCAAUGUCGGCUAUGGUCGAUACAUUCCUCUAGACGCUAAUCAUUCGCAAGUUUGCAAGCCAACAUUUAAGAACGAUCCAAGAUAUACUGAAGUCGUUACCAUGGUAAAGAAUGCCGCAAGAAGUAAGGAAACUGUUACGAAAGAAGGCCACUGAUUGGUUAUUUGUUUUUUGUUGUUUUAUUUGGUUUUACGACUAGCAUUUUCCUCUAAUUAGCGCUGAGCAUAACGACGGAAAUAGUUAAAGAGCACCGGGCGCUAAAUAAAGAAAACAUUUCUUUGGUUUUACUACGCGAAAUCUCUAGGUUGGUAAUAGCAGGAAAGACAUUUAUUUGAUGAUGUCAUUUUUGUUGUUAGUUUAACCUCUUGUUUUGUUGUGUGGUCUUCACAGUUAAGUGUUCCUAUCUUUUUAAACGCAUGUGCAUACUUUUUUAUAAGAAACACAUUUUGGCAGAUGCUCGAUUUUGCUUAAGUUUGUGUAUUUUAAUGGUUUGACUGUUGUUUAUCUGUUGCUUGUUGACUAUUUACUUGGAAAGAAUAAAUUUACCUGUUUGAUUACUCGGAUAAUGUGGUCCGCCAUUUGUCGCCGUAUGAGACUUGAAUGAAUUUUAACACAAGAAAAGUCUCUUUCUUAAAAAAAAGCGUGUGUUCACGUGAACACAGAUAUACAGGACAUCGCUACACACCUUUGUUUUUUUGUUUUUUUGAACAAGGAAAAAUAGAAGAAAAAAUUGCGAAAGUAAAAAUCAAAAGGAAUUGUGUUAACAUUUUUUGUUUUCUGCCGCUUAUUAUCAUCUUUAUUUUCAAUGAAAUAAAAAACGUGCGAAAUAAGAUGAUUCUAUCAUAUGGGAUGAAAUACCUUCCAAAUUUGGUAUUUUGUUAAAAAUUGUUCCAUUGGAUUCAUAAGUUACAAAUUAUUCCAAUCAAGACGACUUUUUUGAUAACCGUGUGGGAAAGGAGAGUUUGCAAUCUUGUCUUUAAUUUUUCUGCCAUUAUAGAAAUUCUAAAAAAGAUUGUUUCAAAAUGUUGCAUUAUUUGUAUGUUAAUAUAUAUAUGAAGAUAUUUUGUUUUAUAAUGAACAGGAUAAACUAAACUGUGCUGUACUCACUAAUCAGUGUUUUCGACACCGUUUUCGAGACCUUUGAAAUAGUACCAAAUAACAUUCUACGAAAAGUCAGCCUCUGAUUUUUGUAAACAUGAAGCUUUCUGAUCUAUCACAUUACAACAUGGCCAUCUUGUAAAUCAGUAAAAAUAUUAGCUGUGCAUGCUGUGAAAAAAAUUUUAGUUUCGCCUUCUGUGAUUGCAGAAACUUUUUCACUCUUAUUGCGAAAAUUUGAUCAUUUCCGUUUCCGAGAGUUUGUUCAGUAAAACUUUAGAAAUCGUUGAUUGACGAAAGUUAAUGCACUAAAAUUUUUUUAAGAAUUCCGCGUUUUAAAUGCCUUCACAUCGACAAAUUUAUAUUUUUUGUAAAAUAUAAAGCGACGAUAGUUUAAACGGAUGCAUCCUAAAAAUUAAUUUUCCGUUAUCUGUCAUUAACAAUAUAUACUACUUUGUCUUCUAUAUCAGAAUCAGAAAAGCCGCGAAAUCUCUAAAACUUUGUAAUUUCAGAUCUCACAAUUAAUUUGUGGAUUCAGGAAAGUUUAUCCAAAAAAAUUUGCAAGUUUAAGGACUCAAAAGUUUCUCUGAUUAAAUUACUCAGAAUUUUACAUUUGUAUCAUAGAGAUUGUAUAUAUUCAUUUUUAUAUUAUUUAUCCAAAUAUGUUGAUUAAUUUAUGGUGCGUCGUAUACUAAUGUUUAUAAAAUUGAAGUUACGAUUUGUAAGAGGAAAACUUCUCUAACUAAAUCUGUUUUGUAUCCUUUAAUAUCUGAUUGGUUAAAAAAUGUAUUGUUCUUAAUUUUUGGGCUUCGUGCAAUCAAAGAUGUUUAAGGAGGUUUGGUGUAA